GUAGCGACAGGCUAGCUGGUUAGCCGGGUCUGAAACCACUCAGUCUGUCAGGAAAGAGAGUACUCAUCAGCCUAUUUUAUCUCAGAGACUGCUCUUCUUUGUUUAAUGUAAACGUACAAGACGAGGUUUUUUUUCUCGGUUCAGUUUCUUUCCAAAACGGUUUUCAAACCGUCAAACUGACUCUGAGCUUUGUCUGUCUGGGACUCCACCGCUGUUAGCCUCGGUGAUACAAGCCAGUGUAGGUUUCAUCAAAGGAGAGCCACAAACUGAAAAGCUAUUUUUUCAUUUAUUUGUUGUCUGAAUCGCGGGGAAUGCAAUCGAGGAUUACGCCAGGACAAUGAGAAAAACAGCCGCUAAAGGUGCUGCGUGGUGAGAGGGAAGCAGUGGGUGCGGCAUGCUGAGGCCACUCCCCCUGGCCCAGGAUGAGUGUCAGAGAUGGCGCUGCCACCAUGGCAACGAAUGCAGGUGGAGGAGGGGGGGGAGGCGGGCCAGCUAGCCCUAAUGACCAUGAUGGCCGCUCAUACCUGCUCCAGAUCUACCCACGGUUGGCUGCCCAGUCCACCGCCUGCUGCAACAUUAGAGUGCAGAAGGAUGCAACAGCAGCCUCCGUGAUCUCCGACGCUGCCACGGCACUGGGGCUGGACCCUGGCCGCAUGUAUGUGCUGGCAGAGGUGAAGGAAUGUGGCGGGGAGGAGUGGGUGCUAGAGGCCGGAGACCUGCCAGCACAGAGGUUUCUGCUGUGGCCUCGGAAAGCCCAGGAGCAACACCCGCAGAGCCUUGGCUUUUACUUCUUACUACAGGAGAGGAACCAUGAUGGCACUAUCCAUUAUGUCCACCUUCCACCUGUGACCAAGGAGCAGGAGGCCCAGCUAGCCGCCAGGGGCUUCCUACCUCCUCCACAGGAUGACUUUGCAGACCUCUGCAACCUCCCCGUCCUCAAUGAGGACAGCAUAUUAAACAACCUGCGCACACGCUUUUACAAGAAAAAGAUCUACACCUAUGCAGGCAGCAUUCUCAUCGCCAUCAACCCCUUCAAGUUCCUGCCCAUCUACAACCCUAAGUACGUCAAGAUGUACGAGAACCACCAGCUGGGCAAACUGGAGCCUCAUAUUUUUGCCAUCGCAGAUGUGGCCUACUACGCUAUGCUCAGGAAGAGGGUGAACCAGUGCAUUGUCAUCUCUGGGGAAAGUGGCUCAGGCAAGACCCAGAGUACCAACUUCCUGAUCCACUGUCUGACUGCGCUCAGCCAGAAGGGAUAUGCCAGCGGGGUGGAGAGGACCAUACUGGGAGCUGGACCAGUUCUGGAGGCCUUUGGGAACGCCAAGACAGCCCACAACAACAACUCCAGCCGCUUUGGUAAAUUCAUCCAGGUGAAUUACCUGGAGAGUGGAGUUGUCAGAGGGGCUGUGGUGGAGAAGUAUCUCCUAGAGAAGUCUCGUCUGGUCUCCAGAGAGAAGAAUGAGAGGAACUACCACGUGUUUUACUACCUGUUGUUGGGAGCUUCAGAGGAGGAGAGGAAGGAAUUUAAGUUGCUGCCGCCUGAAGAAUACUUCUACCUCAAGCAGCAAAACUUUAAGAUAGAGGAUGAGGAAGACCUGCGUCAUGACUUCGAAAGGCUGCAGCAGGCGAUGGAGAUGGUUGGCUUCCUUCCCGCCACCAAGAAACAGAUCUUUUCUGUGCUUUCGGCCAUCUUGUAUCUGGGCAACGUGACCUACAGGAGGAAAUCGACGGGACGAGAUGAGGGGUUGGAUGUGGGACCACCAGAGGUCCUGGCUACGCUCUCUGACUUGCUGAAGGUUAAAGAGGAGCUGCUGGUUGAGGCGCUGACGAAGAGGAAAACGGUGACAGUCAACGACAAGCUGAUCCUCCCCUACAGCCACUCUGAAGCCAUCACAGCCAGAGACUCAAUGGCCAAAUCUCUGUACAGCGCCUUGUUUGACUGGAUCGUUCUGCGCAUCAAUCACGCACUGCUGAACAAGAAAGAUAUGGAGGAAUCUGUCCCAUGUUUGUCCAUCGGUGUCCUGGACAUUUUUGGCUUUGAGGACUUUGAGACCAACAGCUUUGAGCAGUUCUGCAUCAACUAUGCAAACGAGCAGCUGCAGUAUUAUUUCAACCAUCACAUCUUCAACCUGGAGCAGGAGGAGUACCAAGCAGAGGGAAUCACCUGGCACAACAUUGACUACACAGACAACGUGGGCUGUAUCCACCUCAUCAGCAAGAAACCCACUGGCCUGCUCUACCUGCUGGAUGAGGAGAGCAACUUUCCCCAUGCCACAGAUGAGACACUAUUAGCCAAAUUCAAGCAGCAGCACCAGGGCAACAAAUACUUUGUCCCCACGCCGGUCAUGGAGCCUGCCUUCGUCAUUCGACACUUUGCUGGGAAAGUUAAAUAUCAAGUCAAGGAUUUCCGGGAGAAGAACACAGACCACAUGCGGCCAGACAUUGUGGCGUUGUUGCGGAGUAGUGACCGCGCGUACGUACGGCAGCUCAUCGGCAUGGACCCGGUGGCCAUGUUUCGAUGGGGCAUCCUGCGCGCUACCAUCAGGGGCAUGGCUGCUUUUAAUGAAGCUGGCCGCUCCUGGGCUGCCAAAACUUCAGGUGUUGUCCGUCCAAUCUCCAGAACUCCUUUAGGAGAGCUUCAGCAAUCCAAUGCCCCAGUAGACAGAAUGUACAAACGAGCUUCUAUGCUCGAUUUCUACUUUGAUCACUCAGAGGAGCGCCCUCUAGAGGCCUUUGAAGACAUCUUUGCUAGCUAUGAGAGUAAGAAAGACAUGCAUGCAGAGAUCAUCAGCUCCAUUAAGAACUUGCCGUUGGAUGGUGAGGACCCUCGCAAGCUGCUGCAGUCCUGGGGUCGCCUCCGCUUCCCUCGACACGUCCUCCAGAAACACAAGAAUGCCAAACAGAAGCAGGUCAUCCCCAAGAGUUUGUUGGAUUCUCGGUCUCUGAAGUUUAUUGUGAGCUUGACGCUGCACGACCGCACCACCAAGUCUCUGCUCCACCUGCACAAGAAGAAGAAGCCCCCCAGCAUCAGUGCCCAGUUCCAGACUUCUCUGACCAAACUGUUGGAGACCCUGAACAGAGCAGAGCCUUUCUUCAUCCGUUGUAUCCGCUCCAAUGCAGAGAAGAAGGAGAUGUAUCUGGAUGAAGCCUUGGUGGUUCAGCAGCUGCGUUACACAGGAAUGCUGGAAACUGUUCGCAUCAGGAGGUCAGGCUACGGAGCCAAGUACACAUUCCAGGAGUUUAUAGAGCAGUUCAGGGUUUUGCUGCCAAAGAAUGCCGCCGCCUCUAAAGAGGAAAUCUCAGCACUGCUUGAGAAGAAGAUGGGCCUGGACCCCACCACAUACCAGAUCGGCAAAACUAAGGUCUUCUUGAAGGAGCUGGAACGACAGCAGCUGCAGGACACGCUGCACAAGGACGUGAUGCGUAAGAUCAUCUUCCUUCAGCGUUGGUUCAGAGGUCGCCUGCAGAGGAAAGAGUACCUGGACAUGAGACAGGCAGCCAUCUUGAUUCAGCGUUCAUGGCGCAGGUACUGCAAAGAAGAGCGCAGGCGUCAGGCCGCCACUCUGAUCCAGGCUGUGUGGCGAGGGCACAGACAGAGAUCAGAUUACCACCGGCAAAAACAGGGCGCUACCAAAAUACAAGCCCUGGUCAGAGGACACUCAGCACGUAGAAGGUGCCACUCCAUGCGUGAGGAGAAACAGAAAAAGGAAGAGGAGGAAAAAGAAGCUCAGAGGAGAGCAGAAGAAGAGGAAAGAAGAAGGAGGGAAGAAGAGGAGGAGGCAAGGAGAAGAGCAGAGGAGGAAGAAAGGAGGAGGAUGGAGGAAGAAGAAGAAGCAAGGAGAAAAGCAGAAGAGGAGGAAGAGAGGAGGAGAGCAGAAGAAGAGGAGGCUGCCAGGGAAGCACAGAAAAAAACAGAGGAAGUGGAGAAAAGACUGACAAGAGAGCCUCAAACAAGAGAGGAUCCGGAUAUAGAGCUGGUCACAGAGGAGAUGCUGGAUGAAAUCCUCCCUGCCCAGGAGACAGAGGAGGAGACAGGAGAUGAGGAUGGAGAGGUUAACACAAGUUCACAUACAGAGGAGGAGCAGGGCAAGGAUGAAGAGCUGGAGGAUGAGGACGAGGAACUGGAUUUGGAAACUAACGGUACCCAGGCUGAGGCUGGACCCCAGCUGGAUGAGAGAGAAGGUGAUGAGGAUUUAGGACAGUCAGAUUCAAAACCUGCUCCUCCCUCUGAUGAUGUCCCCUCCAGCACACCCACAACUCCAGGUGGGAGUUUGGAUCUUGGUGAUACCUCCACACCUUCCAAAGCUGAACAAAAGAAAGCACGAGCUCCACCUGUUAACAGGGGACAGUCAUCCAGGAGUCAGGAGAAGCGAGAGCAGAGGAGACGAAGAGGGCUGGAGCACAACCAGCGAGAGACUGAACGAGCCGCCUCCUCCUCCUCAGCUGUCAGCAAGGAUCAAACAUCCCCACCGAAGAGCAAAAGCCAGGAGACUUCAAAGCUUAAAGAGCGAGUGGACAGCAAGGAGCUGGACCAGUACACCUUUGUGGCCUGGAAAAUGAAGGAAGACAAAGGAGGGAAGAAGGAGGCAAAAACGUCUCCUUCUCCCGCCGGUCCUGUACGUCCAACUUCGUUACCCCUGCACAACACCGACGCUGUGCCUGACAGGAACGGUUUAGGUGAUGGAGUUGGAGGAUCGACAAACCUGCAACGCCGUUCUGGGGGGAUUAAGGAGAAGCCGGAGAAGUGGAGGGGGAGGAGGAGUGAGGAGAACACUAGCCCUCCUCCACCUCACAACAAGGAGGAAAGGAGGAAAAAAGCACUCAGUGAAACAGCCUCCUCAUCAUUUGACAGUUUGUCUCCAUGUUCUGAAGGAACUGGUGCUUUUUCAGCCAGAGAGAUAAUGUCCCCCUCAGAAGGCCAUGCCGACGGCUCAAAGGGAAGCUCAUUCAGAAGGAAAGCUCAAGAUGGUUCAAGUCACCCAGACUCUGCACACUCCAUCCCGUCCACACCAGACAGGUCAGGUGGUUUCUUCAGCAAGAUUUUGAAAAAGCGUCCGCACAAGGAGGCUCAGACGCCUGACAACGGAGAGUUGACCCUUGCUCAGAUUCUCAAUGAGAAGCCAACAGGAGGGGAAGCUCCAGCGUCCGGACAUGCUUCACGGCCACUGUCUCAGGGGGAUCGUGCUGGUAAAGGUUUAGGCCGCAAUCCCACCAUAAAAAUUAGUCGUGCCACGCGGGUGUCUGAGCAGUGGAACGCCUCGCUGGAUCGGGAAAUUACCAACGCCAAUGAGCUGCGGCACCUCGAUGAGUUUCUGGGCAACCAGGUCAAUGAUUUCCGCUCCAGGGGGAAGUCGCUGUCGCCCACAGAAGCCAUCUUUGUCACAGCCACCAUGCAGUUCAGAGAGACUAUCAAAGCCAUGUAUUCUCUCCCAAAACCCACCAUCGGCUACAAAGGUCUCAUGACAGGAUACCAGAACAAAGUGAUCCACCUGGCAGGAGACAAGCAGAAAGGAGAAGUCAAGCUCGUGGUCAACCUCUUCCAGUCGGUGCUGGAUGGCUUCAUCAGAGGAGAGAUGAAGAAGGAGGAGGCUGAGCCUGCGAAGCCUGCUAAAGCUCGGAAGAAGAGGAGGAAAAAAGAUAAAAGUAUGGAGAGCCCGCUGGAUCAUGUUUUUGUCAACUAUCAAGUCAACAUCGUGCAGUCAUGUGAUCAGUGUAGCUCUUACAUCUGGGGCAUGGAGAAGGCCUACAUGUGCAGCUAUUGUAAAAUGGUGUGCCAUAAGAAGUGUCUCUGCAAAAUAGUCACUGACUGCUCCACUUUCUGUGCCAGAAAGAGUGACGAGGAGUCUGCUGGUAUGCACUUCGGUGUGCGUGUGUGUCACCUGGUCAGCGAUAAGAACCCGGUACCAAUGGUGCUGGAGAUGAUGCUGGAGCACGUGGAGAUGCACGGCCUCUACACAGAGGGCAUCUACCGCAAGUCUGGGUCUGCCAACCGCAUGAAAGAGCUGCACCAGCGACUAGAGACCGACCCCCACCUGGUCUGCCUCGAAGACUAUCCCAUCCACACAGUGACGGGCCUGGUCAAACAGUGGUUGAGGGAACUGCCAGAUCCACUCAUGACCUUCACAAAUUACAAUGACUUCCUGCAUGCAGUGGAACUGCCGGAGAAGCAGGAGCAGCUUCAAGCUAUUUACAAAGUGCUAGAAGAGCUUCCUUCAGCUAACUUCAACACGCUGGAAAGACUCGUCUUCCACCUCGUCAGGGUGUGUAAAGAGGAGGCUCACAACCGUAUGUCUCCUAACUCACUGGCCAUAGUUUUUGCCCCGUGUAUCCUGCGCUGCCCAGACAGCGCUGACCCACUACUCAGCAUGAAGGAUGUCGCCAAGACCACCACGUGUGUAGAGAUGAUCAUCACCGAGCAGAUCAGACGCUACAAUGAGAAGAUGGAGGAGAUCGAGCAGCUGGAGUACGCGGAGGCUCUGGCUGUAAACCAGCUCAAACUCAAGAGACAGAACACGCACUACUGGCAUUUACCUCUCAGGUUCUCAGCUCCUUACAAAGGAGUGGUGGUGCACGAGAAGGCCAGUUCUGAUCUCAGCGUGGUCCCUGAGAACGAGCCUCUGGACUCGGACACGGAGGCUGAGAAGAAUUUGGUGGAACGCAUCAAGUCCAUCAAACAGGAGAAAGAGGAUCUGGCCUGCAGACUGCCAGAGAUGGAGCAGCCUGGUUCAGACCAGGAGAACUUUGACUCCGAAGCCUCGCUGAGCUCUGAGAGUCUUUUGGACGAGCAGCAGCGCUCUACAGUUCUGAGCUCAGAGUCUGAAGGACAAGGUGGCUCCCAGCUGAGGAGAUACAAGCCAGUUUGUCCACCAAAACCUGCAGACCUGGCCCAGCGACCUAAAGUCCCUGGUGGACGCGUCUCUCUUCAAAACCUCAUUCCUGCUAGCUCCACCUCCUCCCUGUCCAGCUGCGUUUCUUCAACCUCUGAAUCCUCCAACGCCUCCUUGAGGCACCCACUGCAACGCCGCAACCCCAUCAUCCCAAGCACAGUAAAACUCCCGCACGGCGUCCUCUCCCAGUCUGCCGCCUUGAGUCCAGCUCCGACUUUCUCCCCUCCUGGGAGUCGAGCAUUAAAGUACUUGGUGAAGAGAAGGGAGCAGCCGGGCCGCCGUAAAGGCAGCACCCAGUCCCUCUACAUCGAUAGCCCCGAGUGUGACCUGUUGUUUUUUUCCUCCUGCCCUCCCUCCGCUUCCACCUCCUCCUCCUCCAUCUCCAUGGUAACACCCUCUCCUCAGCAACACGAUACAGAAGCCGCAAAGGGCCAGAGACGUUUUUCUGACCCAGACAUACCUUAUAUGGACGAUGACAUCUGACCAGGCAGAACAGAAAAGAUGGAAGAGUGAAGAAGGUUACAGGCGACACCCUCCGAGCAGAAAAAAAGGAAAUGAAUAAAAAUGGAGUUCUUCCAGAUGACAGUGAUGGAUUGAAAAUAAUCAGGAAGGAAUCGAGAAUCACGGGAAAAUGACCUGACGAGAUGUGCAGCGGAUCUACAGAGUUGAACAGCAGUGAGACAAAAUAACGGCUCCUCCAGUCGCCGACGUCAGUGGGAACUAAUCAAGAAACUGCAAAUGUGUCUCGAGUCUUGUUGUCCUCUAUGACAGUAAAAAUAACUGGACAUGAUGUUGCCAAGCACCUUUUCUACCAUUUUAAUAUAUUGUGGUGACUGUUGAGGACAGAAGCUGUGUUUUCUGUAGCCUCAUAGCGACGGAACGGCAAUUUUGUUUUCCUGCUCCUGUUUUUUUUUUAAACUCAUUUGUGCUAAUUCAAGGAGAUAUUUCAGGUUCCAGCUGCACUUUUCAUGUCUAAGUUCUCCUAAUGAGCAAAACAUGCUCGCUGUAAUGUUAGCUAGUGCCUUGGUAAUGUACAGUAAGUUGGAAAAAACAAUCUCAUUUCUCAUGUCAUGGACACAGAGGGAGUGAGGGUAAUUUGGGAUAAAGAGAGGGUACCUUUGUGUUUAUUGUACUGAACCGACCCAAGACAUGUUUGAAACAAGGACCUAAAGGUGCAUGUUGUGACUGUUGUGAAGGUGCCUCGUCGCAACAGCUGCAAUAGAUGACUGUCUUUCGACCUCCCGUACAACAAACCCCAGAUAGGAAGUCAUUGCCUCACUUAGCAAAGGGAAACGGGAGCAGCACACGCCACUUUUUCCUUUGAAACAACAAAAAACACAAACGCAGCCACGAUGCAACAAGCCGUGCCACCAUGUCUUUAAAGCUCCUUGAACUCACCUUACCCCCCCCUUUUUUUUUUUUGCUAAAACGAACUUCACUCAGCUACCAUUCAGAGGAAACAGCGCCACGAUGAGCAGGUUCUGCUGAAGCACAGCUCUGGCCAACUUUGUAUGAAAUGUAAUACUAAUGUUCCUCUCUGACUGCUGUUGAAUGAUGUCUGUUAGUUUGUCUGGAUUAUGAGGAAGAUGUUCUGAUGUGUAAUGUGUAGCAGAGAGUGUGUGGUUGGGACUGAAUGACGUGAACUGUAAUGGUUAUUUAGUAUUAACAUGACAAUACAGAACAUGAUGCUUGUAA